UCGGGCUGCCAUUGGCUGACGGCAGCGCCCCGUUAGAUUGUCGCCGUGUUUGGGUGUAGCAGCUUACGGGGGGGAAAUGGCGGCCGAUACGGGGAGAUACCGGGGUUCAGUCACGAAAAGCAAUGACCCUUCCGGGCUUCUCAUCUCUGUCAUCAGGACACUGUCGAGCAGCGACAAUGUGCAGGACCGGGAGACAGAGAAGGGUCGCCUGGAGGAGGCCUACGAGAAGUGUGACCGCGACCUGGACCAGCAGAUAGUGCAGCACUACACCGAGCUGACCACAGCCAUCCGCACCUACCAGAGCAUCACUGAGCGCAUCACCAGCUCCCGCAACAAGAUCAAGCAGGUGAAGGAGAACCUGCAGUCAUGUAAGAUGCUGCUUCACUGCAAACGGGACGAGCUGCGGAAACUCUGGAUCGAGGGCAUUGAGCAUAAGCAUGUGCUCAACCUGCUGGACGAGAUCGAGAACAUCAAGCAGGUCCCUCAGAAGCUGGAGGCCUGCAUGGCCAGCAAGCACUACCUACACGCCACUGAUAUGCUGGUGACGGCGGUGGAGUCCCUAGAAGGCCACCUUCUGCAGGUGGAGGGCCUCAGCGACCUUCGCCUGGAGCUUCACAGCAGGAAGCUGAACAUCCACCUGGUGCUGAUCGACGAGCUGCACCGUCAUCUCUACAUCAAGUCCACGGGCCGCGUGGGCCAGCGGCAGCGGGGGGGGCGCCCCAGCGGCCCGCCAGUGAAAGACCAGACGCAGCUCCCCCUGCUGGAAGCCAGCGGGGUGCCCUCCCCACGCAAGUUCUUGGACCCCGCCCAGUUCGGCCCCCUCUCCGGUUGUAACGUGGCGGCGGAUGACCUGGAAGUGGACCCGGAGGAGAACAGCGCAGAGUUCAUGGGAAUCCUCAUCAAGGGCCUGGCCAAGCUGAAGAAGAUCCCCGAGACCGUGAAGGCCAUCAUCGACCGGCUGGAGCCCGAGCUCAAGCAGAUCGUCAAGCGCUCCACCACCCAAAUCGCGGAUCAUGCCUACCAGCGGGGGGAGAGCCUCUGCCAGGAGAAGCAGCCCCGGCUGUUGCUGGAACUGCUGGAGCUGCUCUUCGACAAGUUCAACGCGGUGGCCGGGGCACACAGCAUCGUGCUUGGCCAUCUGCAGCGCAUAGUGGUGUCGCCCACGGGCGCCAAGGAGGGCAUCAAGCUGUACGAGCAAGCUGACGUCUUCGCCAAGAUCCAGACCGUCUUGCAGAUGCUGCUGAUGGACUACCUGGACGUGAAGAACACGCGCAGUGCGCCGAGCCCGCUGCCCAGCUCUCCUAUUGCCAGCAGCACUGGCGAUUUUGCCGCCUUCUUCGCCAAGAAGCGUCCGCAACGGCCGCGCCAAUCUCUCUUCAAGUUCGAGUCCUCGUCACACGCCAUCAGCAUGAGCGCCUACCUGAGGGAGCAGAGGAGGGAGCUGUAUAGCCGCAGCGGAGAGCUGCAGGGUGGCGCUGACGACAAUUUGAUUGAGGGUGGGGAGACCAAGUUUGUGUGCAAGCCAGGAGCGAGGAACAUCACUGUAAUCUUCCAGCCACUGCUGAGGUUCAUCCAGGAGAUCGAGCUUAGCAUGGGGCCGGGCCAGGCCAAACAGUGUCAGCUGCGAACCUUCCUCACCUACUACAUCAACGACCUCUUCCUCAACCAAGUACGGACGGAGAUCAACAAGGAGAUCGAGGCCGUGACCAAGGUGUCUGACCCCCUCAAGAUCUUGGCCAGCCCAGACACCAUGAAGGUGCUUGGUGUGCAACGCCCCCUGCUGCAGAGCACGGUCAUUGUAGAGAAAUCCAUCCAAGACCUGAUGACCCUCAUGGGCGACCUGAGCUCCUACUCCAACCAGUUUCUGGAGAUGGUGUGUGACAAGCUGAAGGAGUACAAAGAGAUCUGCAACACCGCCUACAGGGGCAUCGUCCAAUCGGACGAGAAGCUGACCAUCAGCGCCUCGUGGGCCAAAGACGAGGACAUCAGCCGCCUCCUGCAGUCCCUUCCCAACUGGGCCAAUAUGGCCCUGCCCCGGCAGGCACGGCAGAAGAGGGAGGAAGAGGAGGACUUCUCCAGGGUGGCCUUUGCCAAGGAGUCGGAGGUGCUGACAGGGAACCUGGGGGACAAGCUGAUCCCUCAGAGCGAGAUCCUGCGGGACGUGAGUGACCUCAAAGCCCUGGCCAAUCUGCAGGAGAGCAUGGAGUGGUUCGCUGGGAGACUCAAGGGCUUCUUCUCCAGCCUGCUUUCCUCACACAAUGUCACUGCAGGCUCCGACACCCAGGUGAGCGGUGACAGUGCGUGCAGCAGGGAGCAGAUCCUGCAGACCCUCACCGACCUGUCCAAGGCCUUCCAGGACAUCGCCGACCGCUGCCUCCUGGUGCUGCACCUGGAGGUCAGAGUGCACUGCUUCCAUUACCUCAUUCCCUUGGCCAAACAAGGCAACUAUGCCAUUGUGGCCAACGUGGAAAGCAUGGACUACGACCCCCUAGUGGUAAAGCUGAAUAAGGACAUCAGCGCCAUCGAGGAGGUGAUGGGGGCCAACCUGCAGCAGCACAAGUUUCAGUACAUCUUUGAAGGUCUGGGCCACCUGAUUUCCUGCAUUCUUAUCAACGGGGUCCAGUACUUCAAGCGCAUCAGCGAGUCCGGCAUCAAGAAGAUGUGCCGAAACAUCUUUGUACUGCAGCAGAACCUCACCAACAUCACCAUGUCCCGCGAGGCGGACCUGGACUCUGCCAGGCAGUACUACGAGAUGCUGUACAACCCGGCCGACGAGCUCCUGAACCUGGUGGUGGACCAGGGCGUGCGCUACACGGAGCUAGAGUACAUCAACGCGCUGGGCGUGCUGCACCGAAGCCAGACGGGCGUAGGCGACCAGACCGUGCAGAACAUGCGCAUGCAGCGGCUGAAGGAGAUCAUCUGCGAGCAAGCCGCCAUCAAGCAAGCCACCAAGGACAAGAAGAUCACCACCGUGUGACCACUGCGGCUCACACAGGGUUCCAGCAGGGACUGCCCCCAGCUUUCUGUACCCCCCCGACACACACACACACACACACACA